UUGUGUUCAAUUGUGGAUGCCCCUUUGUUCGACUCUCGGUCACUCGGCCAGUCGGCCUACCCUAAACGCCUUUUAAUAAAAAAAAUAAAUAAAUAAAGUAAAAAUAAACCAUGUUCUCAAGUACACUAUAAAAAGAUGAUAAUGAAUCUCAUUUGCUCACACAAUUAGUUACCCCCGCCAUUUCUCCACUGCCUUUGCCCAUUUUCCGAUGACUCAAUCCAUGUUUACACAAAAUCUACAGAUACGGGUGGGUAUUAAUGGAACCUGUUUCGGAUUAGACAGGAUUUCGUCUCUCUCGGUACCCAUAUCCAUAUCCGCACAGCGCCCAGGUUGUUAUCUCCAGAACUUUAACAAGUCGCAAUAUCCCUCUUCUAAUGUCUGUGUCAAGACCGCUCCCAUUGUUGCCAAUACUUGGAAAGAAGGUCAUGUCAGAGUUUUUGCUCUUGAUGCUAAAUUUUCACAGGAAAAUGCAGUAGAAGAUGGUGAUACAAAAACAGAAGAUGGUCUUGAAAGCUUGGAUAGUCAUAAAAUGAUCCGUGUUUGUGAUAAAUUGAUUGACGUUUUUUUGGUAGACAAGCCCACUCCAACAGAUUGGAGAAGAUUAUUAACCUUUAGCAAAGAAUGGGAUUCUAUCCGACCCCACUUUUUUCGACGUUGUCAAGAGAGGGCAGAUAGUGAAGACAACCCUGAAAUGAAACAUAAGCUACUUCGGCUUGGAAGGAAAUUAAAAGAGAUAGAUGAAGAUGUCCAAAGGCACAAUGAACUUCUUAGCGCUGUGAGAGAAUCCCAAGAGAAAAUAGCUGAAGUCGUAGCAAGGCGUCGUAAAGAUUUCAAUAAGGAGUUUUUUGUGCAUCUUCACACUGUAGCUGAAUCUUAUUAUGACGAUCCUGCAGAGCAAAAUGCUGUAGCGAAGCUUGGAAACAUGUGCUUAGCUGCUGUACAAGCUUAUGACACGGCUUCUGAAAGCAUAGAAGCUCUUAAUGCUGCUGAAGUGAAGUUCCAAGACAUCAUCAAUUCUCCCUCCGUAGACGCUGCAUGCAGAAAAAUAGACAGCUUGGCUGCAAAAAAUGAACUCGACUCUACCCUUGUUUUGAUGAUAACAAAAGCUUGGUCAGCUGCCAAAGAAUCAAACAUGAUGAAAGAUGAGGUCAAGGAUGUGCUUUAUCAUUUGUACAAAACAGCAAGAGGUAAUCUUCAGAGGCUAAUGCCAAAGGAGAUUAGGAUUGCGAAGUAUCUUCUAACAAUCGAGGAUCCCGAGGAAACACUUUCCGCUCUACACGAUGCAUUUACCCCUGGAGAGGAGCUUGAAGGAAACGAUGUCGAUAACUUGUACACGACUCCAGAGAAACUCCAUACAUGGAUAAAAGCAGUGGUGGAUGCAUAUAAUUUCAGUCAAGAAGGAACAUUAAUUGGAGAGGCAAGGGAUUUGAUGAAUCCCAAAAUUAUCGAGAAGCUUGAGGCAUUGAACAAGAUUAUUCGAGAUAGAUUUUUGUAAGUAGAAGUGGAAAUUUUUCUCCAUAAUCGAAGGUUAGGAAUAGGAUUGUUCAAAGAUCGACACCCGCAUUUACAUCAUACUUCAAGGUUUAGAAAUCUCGUAGAGCUGGGUUUGCCAUCUCGACAAGAAAGAGAAGAUCAAUCUGCAUAAUAGGACUGUUCAGGGUUUGUUCAAGAUCCACACGAACGUUAUACCUCCGGAUUCAGAAAUCUUGUAGAGCUCAAUCUACCAUCUCGACUCGAAACCAGGUUAAUAUUUAUCUACAUCUAAAAGGAAAACCCUGUAUUUACACUUGAUACUAUGUAUUCUAUACUUACUUUUUCCGGUAUAUCUCGCUCAAGCUAUGAACUCUAUAAAAUACUUUAUCCAUUAAAAAUACUAACUUCAUCCAUUAGAAAUACUA